CAAGACAAGACAAGAGACAAGCACAAGCAUAAGCACGAGCACGAGCACGAGCACGAAUUUGGACGAGAGGCGCCUCGUGUGUCGUGUACUGCCAGUGGCAGGUACGUUUCGAGGAGUGUUUAGAGAGGAAAAAGUCGAGGAAGGAGGUUUCGGCGAAUCAAAGUGGUUAUAAAGUGAAACGCGCCGCGCGAGGAUCAGCCGCUAAAGUAAUGAUAUGCGAGGAGGAUAACAGAGCAGCGGUGAGAAGAGGGCAUCGUCGGUGAGGACAUUGUCAAGACGCUUAAUGUGCGCGGUGCGGGCGCGUGGUACGCUCGAGGCGGCCACAAAUGAAGAAGAGGGAAGCCACGACGAGGGUGGUAGAGAGGGAAGAUGUCGAGUGGCUCGGCCUCAAAGCUCGUGAACGGUCAGAAUAAGAAGGAGAACGUUCACGCGUACAAGCACGAGAACAGGAAGGGGAAUGAGAGCGGCGCUGCUGGCAGCACUGCCUCUUCCAUAGUUGUUCUCGCUGGUGAUACUAGGAACGCUACUACUCUUGAUGCCGCUACUGGAACUGGUACUAGUGCUUCUAGUAUUAGCAUUUCCGGCAGUGUUUUUGGUAGUGAUAGUGGUAAUGGUGGUACCGCCUGUUUCGGUGGUAGUUGCGGUGACGGUGACAGCGGUAGUAAUAGCGGUGUCUGUGUUAUCGGCUUGACCGCCGGGGGCGUCGUCGACAGCGUGGAGUACCACGACGUAAACUCUGACUUGAAAACGCCGGACAAUCUCGAGGAGAUACAGGAUCAAAGGGACUCGACCGACGAAACGGAGUUGUGUGAAACGGAGUUUCAGGACCCGUACCCGGGGACGUGUAUCGAGGCGCCAAUCGUUAAUCUCACCACCACCACUACCAACGCUACCGAUACUACCACUACCAUCUUCACUAUCAUCGAGCACGACGAUCAAACGACCACGGCUGUUUCUGCCGCCACUUCUUGUUACGAGGGAGACGAGGACGAGGACAACGAGGAGGACGACGACAACAUGGUUGCGGCGAUGAACGAACAUUUGUCCACCACGUCGGCCACCAGCGGCGUUCGGAGUAGCACGGUGUCGACGACCAGCACUGCUGCUAAUUCCAUUCUCGGUCAGAACAAUAAUUGUUCCCGUAAUGAAUUCCAAAACGUUGACGAGAACGGUAAACCGGCCGCCGGGAUACUCAGUUUCCCUUGUGAUUUCGAUCACAUGUACGCCAGCAUGACAGACGGCGGAGCUCCGGCAGCUGCCACUGCCACCUCCGCUCUCGGUGUCAGCCCUCUUCGAGGCAACGAACCGCGUCAAAAUGACUUGACAGAGGUGAAACACCUCAAAGAACUGUUG